AUGGAUAACGAUGAUGUUAGUCUCAGAGCGAUGAAGGAUUAUUGUUUUGAUUAUGAUGAAGAAAAGGACGAAAUAAAUGGGCCGUCAUACAGAAGCACAAAUCCAAAAAAAGUUGUUAAUGGAAUUAAUUUAAAAGAAUUAUUUGAUGGAAAAGAUGUUGUAUUUGAAAUUAGCAACAGUUACAAUGAUAAAAUUAUGAAGGAUGAAGAUCCUGAUAUUUUUAAUGAUAUUCUGUAUGCUGAUUCAAAAUGUCUACAAGAAAAAAGAGGAGCUCCUCCGAUUGACUGCAGUUUUAAAGAGUUGGCAUCACAAAUGACAAACGUUACUGAAAAUGGAUUCGUUAAGAAACAGAUUAUUGUUUGUGGAAUAGGAGCAGUAGUACCUGAAAAUUCUUAUGUCACUGUUCAUUAUAACUUAUACAAAGAGCAUCAUGAUUUACCCUUUGAUUCAACAUAUUUUAGAAAUAAACCAGAAAAAUUUAGACUUGAUCAAGUUGAAACCAUAUUGGGUCUAAAUUAUGCUGUCAAAACGAUGAAAAAGUCUGAAAAUUCUCGAUUUUUUAUUAAAUGGGAAUAUGCUUUUGGAAGUUUAGGUUGCCCAGAUAGAAUCGAACCAAAAUGUGACAUUGUGGCCGACAUAACUUUAGUAGAUUACACUAAUAUUGAAUUUGAAAAUACUGGAAAUUUAAAUGGAGAUGACAAUGAAAUAAUAAAAAGAGAUUUUAUAAAAAACAUAAAUGAAGCAAAAUUGCAUCAUAAAAAUGGAAAUGAUGAAUUUAAAUGCAAAAAACUCGGAUCUGCAAUAUCAAGUUUUAAAAAGGCUGUAAUGAUUCUCAAUUCGACAGCAGUUGAUAAUAAAACUGAAGAAAAAGUUCUUCUCGAGCAAAAAUCAAAAUCUUUGAUAAAUUUAGCUUUGUGUUAUAACAAAAUUGGAAAAUAUGAACAAGCUUGCCUUGCUUGCCAAGAUGUACUGGCAAUAGAUCAUAAAAAUGUUAAAGCUUAUUACCAUUAUGGUAAAGCAUCAUUGAAUUUGUCUAACUUUCCUGCCGCUAAAAAAUGGCUAAUGAAAGCAGUUAAACUGAAACCAGGUGACCCCAAUAUCAACUCGGAAUUGAAAAAAGUCAGUUAA